CACACUAGUACUUUACUACAUACUGGGACCAAUUUGCAUCAGCCAAUUAAUCUACAAACAUGCAUAUCUCUGAGGAUAUGGCAUGGACAUCACACGCCGCAGCACUCGUGAGUAAGGCAAGGCAGCGCCUUUAUCACCUCAGGCAAUUGAGGAAAUUCAGAGUGUCUCCGAGGAUCCUCGAGUGCUUCUACUCAGCGGAUGUGGAAAGCAUCUUAUCCGGAAAUAUUACCAUCUGGUUUGGGAAUUGCUCUGCCCAGGACAAGAAGUCUCUGCAGAGAGUAGUGCGUUCGGCCGAACGCACUAUGGAAACUUCACUCGCCCCCUUGCAGGAACUAUACAACAGGAGGUGCAACUCCAGAGCAAAUAAAAUCAUGGGAGACCCCUUCCACCCAUGCAACGGACUGUUCCAGCUGCUACGGUCAGGCAAACGCCUCCGUUGCCAUGCAGUGAGAACGGAGAGGUUGAGAAGGAGUUUCUUCCCAGAGGCCAUUUGGUCUGUAAACUCCCAUCUCACCAGGGACUAACUUUACUACGUUUUUCCUUCCAAUAUUUAAUAUGUAAAAGAAUAUGUGUGUGUUUAUGAUUGUGUUUAUAGUUUGUUUGGUUGUUUGUUUGUUUGUCUUUUUGCAAAGUCCGCGAGCAUUGCCACUUUCAUGUCACUGCACAUCUCGUAUGUGUAUGUGAUGAAUAAACUUGACUUGACUUGACGAUCUUUGGAAUGUGAGAGGAAACCAGAGCACCCGGAGAAAACCCACAUGGUCACAGGGAGAACGAGCAUACGGACAGCUCCCGUAGGCAGGAUCAAACCCAGGUCUUGCUGUACGGCAGCAGCUCUACUGCUGCGCCACUGUGCCACCCUUACUUAAUGUCUCAUUUAGUUGGUUAAUAUCCAGUGUAAAUUCAUUAUGGUUUUUAUCUGGGUUGCAGAGGAAGUCCCACUGUCUACCUGUAGGGGCUGUAGUAAACACAUUACCGACCCAUACAUUCUGAGAGUCUACCCUGACUUGGAGUGGCAUGCAGCCUGUCUCAAGUGUGUGGAGUGUAACCAGAAUCUGGACGAGAGCUGUACUUGCUUCAUCAAGGAAGGAAAGAUAUACUGCAAGACUGACUAUUUCAGCAAAUUUUCCGUGAGAUGUGCUCAGUGUCAGGCGGGAUUGUCAUCCUUAGACCUGGUCCUAAGGGCUGGAGACCUCACCUAUCACCAACGAUGUUUCUGCUGUGUGGCCUGCAGUCGGCAGCUCAUGCCUGGAGAUGAGUUCACGCUGCGAUUUGACGGACCAUACUGUAUUCAGGACGGUGGGCUUCCAGAUUCCAGCUUAAACCACAAGGGUGUUAUCAGUCCUCUAGCCAACACCAACAACUUAUAUCUGUCAGAAAAACUCAAAGCCCACCGAUCAGCAGCACAUGCUGCAAAACACUCGGAUACGAUAACCCGUGUACGGACGGUGCUGAGCGAGCAGCAGUUGCUCACGCUGCGGACAUGUUAUGCGGCAAACCCGCGGCCAGAUGCACUCAUGAAGCAGCAACUGAUAGAGAUGACGGGCCUCAACUCGAGGGUCAUCAGGGUCUGGUUUCAGAAUAAACGGUGCAAGGACAAAAAGAAGAGUGUUUUGCAGAAACACAUAGACCAGCGCGACAGGGACAAAGCAGAUAUCCGAGGGUUGAUUGGAACCUUGAUGGUAGCCAUGAGUCCACUAACACAGAAAGCUGAUUUAUACUGCAGUCCUAUUGAGGUUCACAAAUGUUACACACCAUGGGAAGAUCUAAAGGACUUUACACAGCAGGUAGCCUUUUCUGGUGGAAGAUGCCACUCAAACUGCAGUAGUAGUGAGGUGUCAGCUCCAAGUUCCCAACUUCCAGAUACACUGAGCAGCGGAGGAUCCCAAGCAGCAGAUCUCUGACUUUGUAACCUUCCAUUAACCAAGACUUUAUUGGAAAACCAACAAGAAUGACUUUCAUAAAGACACAAUAAACUGCAGUUGAUGGAAUCUCAAGCAAAAAUAGUGCUGCAGGAACAUUAGUUGAGGCAGCAUCAGUGGAGUGAAACGAACAGACGUUUCGGAUCGGGACCCAGUCCUGUUUCUAUUUGUCAUGUUCAGAAAGAUGAAGCAAGUUUAGUACUUCUACAGUCGUACAAGAUGUAGUGAAGCUGCAUUUGGGGUAUUGCGUUCAGUUUUGUUCACCCUGUUGUUAGAAAAGUGCCAUGAUGGAAGGACUAUUCAGAAGCUUGAUAACAGAGGGAAAGAAGUACGUAAGGGUUUAAUUGUUGACUGGCAAAUGAACAUUGACAUUCUUACUUGCUGCAGCUUUACAGGCCCAUUACAACACAACAAAUAAAGGCUAUAAAGUACAAGCUGAAGUACCUAGUGUAACCAACAAAAAGUCCAUAGAGGGCAUAGCUUUAAGAUGAAAGGGGCAAAGUUCAAAGGAGAUGUGCGGGGGCAAGGUUUUUUACACCAAAAGUGGUGGGUGCCUGGAACACAUUGCCAGAGGUGGUGAUGGAGGCAAGUAUGACAGUGUUGUUUAAGGUGCUAUUAGAUCGGCACAUGGAUAUCGAGGGAUCUGGAUCAUGUGUAGGCAGAUGAGAUUAGUUUAUCUUGGCAUCAUGUUCAGCACAGUCAUUGUGGACCACUGGGCCUAUUCCUGUGCUGUACUGUUCUAUGUUCUAAAUUCAAAAUGCGAGAAGAGCAAGAAUAGAAGUCAUCAAAAAGGAGUUGCAGAACUAUUAUGUUAAUCCAGUUCAGUAAAUGCAAUCACUGCAUUGAUGACCUUAAAGAAUUCUUCUACCACUUCAGCUUUGAAUCAGAGUGCAUGAUUUAGAAAACCUGUCCUUGAAUUUCACUGGCAAUAUGAUAUCAAUUGAAACUGGCAACUAUGGGCUACUCCCAGAUUAUGAUAUUCUCAUUAUUUGAUUUAAUUUCAUUUUCGUAUUUUUUUUAAUCCUUUAGAGUUGAAAAGUUAUCAAAUAUUGUGUAAAAGAAACCACCCACAUUUCAGCAGGUUUGUGUAAGAUUCCAUGUUUUAAUUUUGUGCACUCAUCCACCAGAAGACAUUAAUAAGAACAGGAAUCGUAGUCCAAGAGGGACCCACCCUACACAUUCAUAAAAUUCAUCUUGAUUAUUACAGACUGUAGCCAGAUAGUUGAGGUUUCAAGUGAGGCAGGAAACGUAACGAAAACUGUCAGACAUUUCAACAAAUAAAGAACCAAACCGAGAUCAAUAAAUCCCUAUUUCAAUGGUACUGGUUUACUAUUGUCAUGUAUAUUGAGAUACAGUAAAAUGCUUUAUUUGCAUGCAAUCCAGUCAAAUCAAAUCAUGACUACCAUAAAGCCAUACACAAGUACAGCAGGUAGUGCAAAGGAAAAAAAAACAGAAUGCAGAAUAUAGUGUCAUAGCAUUUUUGUCUUACAGUUACAGAGGGAAUGUCUAAGGUCCACAAUGAGAUAGGUUGAACGAUCACCCUGGC